GAUGUAAAUACUGCAUCCUCAGACAACACUGGAGUCAUUUAUGAUUUGAUUUCAUUGAGUUACAGUUAUUUUCUUGAUACAAGCUCAUCCACCACAAAAAACAAAAUGACAGAGGAGAAAAAGGAUACAAAGGAUAAAACAUCCAUUGAUGACAGUGCCUUUGAGGCACUGGAGAAGGACUUUCAGGAGGUCCUUCAAGAGCUAAUGGGAGAUAAGAGCUUGGAAAAAUUCCGUGGGGAGUAUGAAAAACUUCAUCGUGCUCUGAAAAAAUCUCAUGAAAGUGAAAAACGUUUGAUGCAAAAAUGUCGGGAAUUAAAUGCAGAAAUUGUGUCUCACUCAGCCAAGGUUUCUACAGCUUUGAAACUUUCACAAGAAGAUCAGGCAACUAUUGCUUCCUUGAAAAAGGAAAUAGAAAAAGCAUGGAAAAUGGUUGACGCAGCCCAUGAAAAAGAAACAAGAGCUAGAGAAACAAUUCAGUCAUUAAAACUGGAAAUUGCUAACCUGAGUAAGCUUGUUGAGCAAGGUGCAGGACUAACAAUGGGGCAGGAACAUAGUGUAAAUGAACUGUUAAAAAUCAAAGAAGAUCUGACCAAGGAAAGAGAUGAACAACUGUCUGAAAUUGUAAAGCUACGAGAACAACUGAAUAAUAGUCAUGAGCAACAACAGAAGUUGGAGGCUGACAAAUUAGCAACGGAGGAAAAAAUACAGGAGCUGAAUCAAGACAUCCAGGUUAGAAAUAAUGAAGCUCAGCGUGAAAACCGAAAAAGAGACAAAAUGGAGAGAGAGUUAAAACAGACAAAAGCUGAACUUGAUGCGCGAUCAUCAGAAAUCAAGACCAUGCAGGUUCAAAUAGAACGCUACAAACAGGACCAUUCCAAAUUGGACCAACAGCUCAAAGAACAGAGGAUUCUUAAUGAGAGAGCCAUCAAGGAUACAGAAAUCUUAAAUGCACGCUUCCAAAAACUGCAGAAUGACUAUGAGGUUCAGAUCAGUAUGGCUGAUCAGCUGGCCCAGGAGAACCAGUCAAAAGCAUUGGAUCUCAAGCAAAAAGAAGAUGAGACAAAUGCCCUGAAGACUGAAACUCAGCGAGUGAACAAAGUGAGAGAGAAUAUUCAACGUAAACUGCGAGCAGUAGAAGAUCAGAAGGUAGAUGUUGAACAACAGAAAGAGACCCUCAAAGGACAGAUUAUUGGCCUGGAAAGAGAGCUGGAGGCAUCCAAGAAACAGGCUGAAACAGAUAAAAAGGCUAUAGAUGACUUGGUCAGGGAGAGAGACAUAUUAAAUAAGAACAUGUUGAAAGCUGCAGCAGCCACCCAGAAGCAGCUCCAUCUGGUCAAACUCCACGAGCAGUCAAAGAAAAACCUGGAACAGGAAAUCCAGAACUACAAAGAGGAGGCUCAGAAACAGAGGAAGAUCAUUUACCAGCUGGAAAAGGAGAGAGACAGAUAUAUCAAUGAGGCCAGUGACCUCACACAAAAGGUGUUACAACAUAUGGAGGAUGUAAAGGUAAGAGAGAUGCAGAUCUUUGACUACAAGAAGAAGAUAGCUGAGGCGGAGACCAAGUUGAAACAACAACAAAAUUUGUACGAAGCCGUCAGGAGUGACCGAAACCUGUACAGCAAGAACCUCAUUGAAUCGCAGGAUGAGAUCACUGAAAUGAAGCGUAAGCUGAAGAUCAUGAACCAUCAAAUUGACCAACUGAAGGAGGAGAUCCAGGCUAAGGAAGCAGCUUUGGUGAAGGAGCAUCUGGAACACCAGCGGGUGGAGAAAGAGAAGGAAACCUUGAAGGCGGAGUUGCAGCAGAUGAAACAACAGGCUGCCGAAAGCAAGGCGUACAUUGAGGCCCAGGAGGCAGAGGAGAGAAAACUGCUCAAGAUCAUCGCUGAGGCUGAUGCAGAGAGAGUCAAACAGAAGAAAGAGCUUGAUCAGGUGAUCGGUGAGCGAGACAUUCUGGGUACUCAGCUGGUCAGGAGAAACGAUGAACUGGCGCUAUUGUACGAGAAGAUCAAGAUCCAGCAGUCUGUGCUGAACAAAGGAGAGAUCCAGUACAACCAGAGACUGGAGGAUAUACGAGUUCUGAAACUGGAGAUCAAAAAACUGCGUCGUGAGAAGAUGAUUCUGCAGAAGAGUGUGGCUAACGUGGAUGACCUGAGACGUGAGGUGUAUCACCUCCAGAGGGAGCUAUUGAGGGAGAGGACACGCUGUAAGGCCCUAGAGGAGGAGCUUGAAAACCCCAUGAACAUCCACAGAUGGAGGAAACUCGAGGGAAGCGACCCAAGCACAUACGAGAUGAUCCAGAAAAUCCACACGUUACAAAAACGUCUGAUAUCAAAGACGGAGGAAGUUGUUGAAAAGGAACUGUUGAUCCAAGAGAAAGAGAAACUUUAUGUUGAGUUGAAACACAUUCUAGCUCGACAGCCAGGUCCAGAAGUGGCUGAACAACUGACCAUCUACCAGCAGACUCUCAAGGAAAAGACGAAACAGAUGAAGGCAAUGUCAUCAGAACUGAAUAUGUACGAGUCACAGGUUAGCGAGUAUAAAUAUGAGAUAGAGCGAAUUGCGCGAGAACUGCAAGAGGUGAAGAAGAAAUACUUUUUACAGAAGAAAAAGGAACAGUCUCAAAGAGAGCGGGAGAGAGCUAUAGCCCAAGCCGGUGCUCCGAUAAUACAGCCACAGAGACCAGACGCUUCGAGAUUCACUGGAGGAGGUUUUAACCUUAAACCAGCCAAAACAGCUGCAUAGCUAACCACUGUACAAAUGCGCUGACUGUGAUAAGUUUUAACCUUAUAGGGACAUUGCUCGAAAAGAGCCCGGCAAAUUUUUCCUGACACCCAAUCCGUUUAAAAAAGCUUUCAAAAUGCCGUAUGUUUUGAAAUGUGAACAAGUGUAUCAAGAAGAACAUAUUUUUCGACUUUCAUGAACCGGUUUUCAUUCGUGUUGUAAAUUUCGAUCAUCAACCCACAAUUAAAUCAGUAUUUCACACUGUUUGCUUCCUACUGCUAGUGUCAAUUUUAGGUACAUAUAUGUUCAUCUGUUUAAGAUAGGCUUUUCGAAUGUUUUAUAUGUUCCUAAGUUGAUGUAUGAGGUGAAUGCAAAUGUUUGUAGCAUGAUAGUAUUUAAUGCAGAAAACACAUUAAAUUUUAUUUAGGUAGAAUUUCUGUUUCUGUACUUCUUUUAUUAAAUUACUAACGGCCAUAAGUCACAUUUUGUAGACGGAAGAAAAUAAUAUUGGGUUAGUUUGUGCAGGUAAAUAUAUUUUGGCAAGUAACAUCCGUGCUAUUUCACAUUUUAUCAAAUGAAAUUCAACUGUAAUUGUUGAGGAAAAUGACGUUUGUAGGUGUCAGUGUUUUCUGUUCUCGUAAACUCUGGGCUGUUAUUAAUAAAACGCGAAUAUUUGUCAAAAAUUA